CGAUGAUCAUGCGAAUAAGACUUGACUACCCGCCUGGUUGACCAGUGGUGAAUGGGUGGAAAUUAGGUGUGAAUAACCUCAAUUGUGCGGAAUAACUUUUUUGUCGAUACCAUUGAGAAAAUUUCAAUAAUUUAAACGUGAUAAUGCAAAGUAUCAUUCACAGAAUACUUUUCGAAGUUUUCUGUAGAAGUUAAAAUAGAAUCUUGAAAAAAGAGGAGAUGCAUCCGUAAAUAAAAAAGACGAGAAAAGGAAACGUCAAGUUUCACAACUGUUUGAAGCAUAAGCUGAUGCUUCUUUUAUUAGAAUAAUUCUUGAGCAAUUUUAAUAUUUAUGUUCUCCAGGUAGCAAAUGCACGCUCGAUAUUUAGAGUAAUAAUCUAAUUGUGACGCAGAAGAUAGAAUGGCGGAAAAUAAUGCAAUAUUCAAAUCGAAGGAUGAGGACACUGAGAACAGCGGCAUGGAUAUCAGUCGUUAUUUGAACAGUGCGCCGCCCACAAUCUUCGAUGAAAUCGCUGCAUUUCAAAAACCGAGUUUCUUUGAUAUACAGUCGACCUCCACGAAUCAAGUUUCGGAUUACGGUCUCUUGUCCGAUGAUGGAUCGACGAACGUCUUGGACGCGGAUUCCCUACGUAUAUCCACAACUUCAUUGCUGGACGCCGCAGUGGAUCGGGUUGAGCAUGGCGCGUUGAACGACGCCUACAGGGAUACGUGGAUACCGUCAGAACAUACACGGAAGAUAUUACGAUCCAUUGCAACAACCGCGACUGGCGCAAGUCAUCUGGAUCGUGAAAAUCUUACCAUGCCCGGAUUGGCUGUGCAAGGUGACAUGCCGGAUUUAAUCAAGAAUACCUCAAUCCAUUUUCUGGGUGAGGAUGAGAACAUCCAUCGAAAUGUGCUCACAGCAUCUGAUGUGACGCAGGAUGAACGUGGUCUAAGAAAUUUGAUACAGGCUGGUUGCUAUCGAGCAGCGGUCAAUCUAUCCGGUAGACUGCUGGCUAUCUAUGCUCAAGGUUAUGGGAAAAUCAAUCAGCCUAGCAAGCAUACGCCCCAUUCUCUGCAGCUCUGGUAUACAAGACUGGCAUUAUUGACCAAGUUGAGGCAGAUAGAUGUGCUGGAGAACGAGUCAAAGCCAUUUGGCAAUCUGGACAAACCUGAUAUGUAUUUUACGUUUUAUCCAGAAUUGUAUGGUACUAGACCAGGUUCUAUGGCAUCAUUCGCAUUCAGAUUACUAUUGGCAGAAAUUCCAUCUUAUUAUGGGAAACCAAAACAAGCAUUAGACAAUUUGUAUAAACUGUUGGCAACUGUUAACCAAAUUAUAGCCAAUUUUCAAGCUGGUUUUAGUAGUGAGGGAUCUCACGCAAAAGUCAGAGAAUCCGAUCAACAAGAUGCUGUAAAAUUAUGGACCGCUAGGAAAUCUAGAAUUCUAGUCUCUAUCAUCAACUGCGCUAUCAGCAUGAGAAAUUAUAUACUUGCGAUAGAGAUAUUGGAAGAUUUAUGUAAGCUGCCCAAUUGGACUGCAGAACAAAUAGGUAUUUUAAGAUCGGCCAUAGGAAGAGUGCAUUUGUUUCUCGGCGACGUUACAGCAGCGGAAAAGUUUCUCAUUCGUGUUAAUAAGGGAGAAAAGACAACGAGCGUCAGAGAGCUGGUGGACAGCGGCUUAAUGGCGGUAGCACAGAAUGCUUUUCAGGAAGCUUACAACUGUUUUCAAUCUGCCUCGGCGAUGGAUCCAUCUAAUGUGAUGCUGAUUAAUAAUAUGGCAGUGUGUUUGUUAUAUACUGGUCAACUGAAAACGGCUGUAUGGUUAUUUGAGAGCAUUAUUAACAGAAAUCCAUUGAAAAGUCUGCAAGAACCAAUCUUAUUGAAUAUGUGCACGUCGUAUGAAUUGCAUAUGACGCACUGUAAGCAACCAAAAUUGCAUCUAUUACGGCAGCUAAAUAGAUACAAGGGUGAUGCGGCCGAUAUUCAAUGUUUAAAACUAGCAAUGUAAUAUUAGUCAUGAAUUGUCAUUGUUAAUGUUAACACAUUGGGAUCCGAUUUCGUAAUAUAAAUAUACAAAAAUAAUAAUAAUAAUAAUAGAGUAUUCAAUGCGAGCAGUCGCGUCAUCUUUUUUAAAAAUUUAAAUUAUAAAUUUUAUCAUUUUUAAAUUUAUCAAUUUUUUUUUCUUAAAGACUAGGCCGAAUUAAGCUGGACUUUAUUCUAUUUAUUUUAUGAUUAAUUUUCUUAUAUUUGAAAAUGUGACCAUUGCUGCAUUUUGAUUAAAAAAUUUACAAAUAUUUUUUUAAAUAUAAUUGCUCAAGUUGUAUUUGGGAUCGGAUCACAAAGCGUUAAACCUCAGGGAAGAUGUAAAUGUGAUAUUAAUAAGAAUAAAAAUAUGUUUUGUUAGACACAAA